AUGGUUUCUACGCGACACCAUCCCCGCGACUUUCCGCCUCCAUCAACGGGAAAGGCCUCCUCGCCAUCUAACAACAGCAAUGGCACUACGAAUAGAUGGGUACACGCCCCAUCGACUGCGAUCAUCAUUUGGCUCGUCGUGUCAGUCCCGGUAGUUAUCUGGGAUGCAGGCUAUGUGUUGCUCCGGCCGCAUAGCAUGCCAGGCAACAAAUUGCAUUUCCCUAUCUGGAUUCCUUAUGCGCGGUAUGGAGCAAUCGACUAUAUCUACGGCUGGCCGGCGUUCAAUGCUCGGAACGGUUUCCCAGCAGCACAAACAGUCUUGAACCUUGUGGAAUGUAUCGGGUACAUCUAUUACCUCUGGAUGGUGUAUAGGCACGGAGUCUCAUCGUCGGGCGGUCGCGGGCAGCGCAAAACUAAAAAGGGGCUUAUGUGGAUGUUGAGGACCGAGAAGGUGGUCUCUGGACGAACUGGAGCCACUGCCCUUCUAGUCGCGUACAGCGCAUCUCUUGCGACUCUCAGCAAGACUGUUCUCUACUUGCUGAACGAGGUUUUCUCCGGCUUUGAUAAUAUAGGACAUAACGAUGCUAUAACUCUGAUCUCUCUGUGGAUUAUACCAAAGUGGGCCAGUGGUCUUUGGAUUAUUUUCCCUGGUUACAAUAGUUAUAUCUUGGGCGCGGAAAUCGUGGCUUCCCUUGAAAGCGCCGUGCCACGCCAGCGUGUUGGACGAUCUAAGUUGUAG